CGAUGUUCAGCAGCAGUGUAAAUUUAGGUGGAUUAGUUAGGAAAGUACCUUGGAGGCUGUCUUCUACUCGUAAAUUCAGAGUCAGAGAGAGACUGAGAGACGUCGACCAGAAUAUCCAAGCAAUAAAGGACUCUGGUGUUCAAUUCAAGCGUCUGGAUGUAGCCAGUGCACUUCCAAGUGAAUCUGCUAUGCCUCCACGUGACAAGUACUUCACUUUCAACAAAAACAGCCCAACAUACCGUAAGGGUGUCCACAAGGUUCCUAAGUGGACAAAGAUCACACAACGCACCAACCCAGCCGGAUUCUAGAUUCUAGUUAUUGCAUUAUUGUGAGUCUCAUCUAACAUCCAAGACAGAGAGUACGCCUUACAGGAUGUUAAUACACGGAUGUAAAACCAAGAGCGCUUAACCCCAUGUGGACCUCCCGUAAACUGUUGCCUUCCGUCUGAACUUUGGCGUACUCUUUGUUGUUUGGAGAUUGUUUCAACUUCAUUUACUAAUGAUAUACCAAUAUAGACACGUAUAUAUACUCACUCAACCCCACCUGCAUUGUUGUACAACUAGUUGAAAUAUAUUGAUAUCAUUUUUGAAAAUACCUCACAUAGUUUGACGACGAUGAGUGCAGCAGAUACGCUGAAGAAAGAAACGACUGACGAGGACAUUCAAUAUUCUUCUGGAUCUGAAGAAGUUUCUGAAGAGGUGUCUGAAGUUGAACAAGCUGCCACAGAAGCUGUUGUCUCACCUAACCAGACUGUCGAAGUUGUGCAGCCAGUAGAGCCUUCGAAAAAGAAUGUAACACGUAAGCAACGCAAGAAGUCAGCUCCUACCGGCGUCACAGAUGUUGCAGACCUCACAAAGGUUCUCAACACCGCUGGACAGGUUAUCGACACAGCAACAAAGACCAUCAAGGAUCCACAAGAACCAUCGGAGGUCAUUCAAGAAGCUCAACCAACAAAGGUUGUACAGCCUAUUAUCGAAGAAGGCCUCAAAUCUGUCGUCCAGACUGGCAAAAAGGCAGAUGGAUCUAACAAGAACAACCCGAUUUCGCUCAGAUUAGAUCUCAAUCUCGAAUUGGAGAUAUUUAUUAAGGCGAAAUUACACGGCGAUGUUUGCCUUAAACUUUUAGCAUAACAUUAUUUAGUUAAAUUACGACGAGAUUGUACUGAUAUUCUUAUGAUGUUGACC